AUGAGUUAUCUGAUCAAGGAUAAUGUGUCUGUAGCAAGGUUUUUCAUUCUGUCAGGGUUAAACGAGACAAAGGAUUACAGAGAAAUUCUUUUCACAUUCACGUUACUGUAUUACUGUGUGAUUUUGUUUGCCAAUAUCUCUGUCAUCACAAUCAUCAUCUUAGACAGAAACCUGCAUGAGCCCAUGUAUAUUUUAUUGUGCAGUUUUUUCAUUAAUGGACUUUAUGGGACGGCAGGUUUCUACCCCAAAUUCCUCUCGGAUCUGCUGUCUUCUUCUCAACAAAUCUCUUAUGAAGGGUGUCUAUCACAGGCUUUCGUCAUGUACUCAUUUGUUUGCUGUGAUUUCUCCAUUCUAGCAGUUAUGUCCUACGACACAUAUGUGGCUACAUGUCAACCACUGCACUACCUAUGCAUCAUGACUAAGAAGAGGCUCUCUCAACCUAUAUGUUUCUCCUGGGUAACACCUUUCUGCAUUUUAUCCAUCAAUGUUCUGCUAACUUCAAGACUAACGUUGUGUGGUACAAAUAUUGCGAGAGUGUUGCGUGUAAACUGGAUAAUUAUUAAACUCGCUUGCUCCGACGCUGACACCUUUUUAAACAAUGUAGCUGCAUAUUUUACAAUUGUCGUUUAUGUGUCUCACGGGUUAUUCACAAUUUGGACUUACAGGCAUCUUAUUAGAACUUCUGUAAGGGCCAAAGGAGCCAGGAAAAAGUUUAUGCAGACAUGUGUGCCCCAUUUAGUCUCUUUAGUUACAUUCACGGCUUUAAUAGUUUGUGAUUUGAUGUAUAUGCGAUUUGGCUCCUUACAUUUACCUCAAAGCCUUCAAAACGUCAUCGCUAUAGAAUUUCUGCUUAUUCCUCCUAUUAUGAAUCCUCUAAUAUAUGGAUAUAAACUGACCAAAAUACGAAACAGAAUUGUAGGUUUAGUUUACUUUAAAAGAAAAUGA